AUGCGCUCUGGGAGGAAACAAAGCGGAGCAUGCGUAUUACAGCGAAGCCGCACCCACGGCGGCCAUAAUGGUGAGGGGCAAAAUGCUACUACGGCGGCCAUGAUGGACAAGCUUCCCAAAAUCCAGGCGUCUCUCCUUUGCGCAUUGGCUGCUUGGAAGGACACACCUGCAGGGGAGCCCUUUGCUUUCUGCCAGGCUACAAGGGAACGCAGAAAGAUGGCCCCUACAAAGAAAGGGAAGGCAAAGAAAGCCGGGAAGGCCAAGAAGAAGAUUUUGCCGGAUGAGGAAAAAUACAAGAAGACAGAGCUGGAAGUGGACACUCUGAAACAGUACCUUGUUCUCCGGCGGGAUAUGGCCAGGCAAGCAAUGGCUGAUAGCGAAGGAUUGAAACAGAAGCUGGUGGAUCUGGAGAAAGAACUGGAGGAAGCCCGAGGAGACAAAAAGGAUAUUUAUGAAGAGAUGAUCCGCAAGUACCAGCAGCUUCAGCACCAGGCCGAUUCUCGGAUACAGCGACUAGAGGAUGAGAUGAAGAGCUUGCAGGAAAAGCUUGUUGCUUGUCAAGAAGAGCUGCAACAAAGCCAGCAGGACAAUGCUAUGUUGGUGGAAGAGAAGGACACCGCCAUUGCGGAGAUGCAACGCAAGAUCGAUCAGAUGGAGAUUGAAUAUGAAAAAAUCCUGCAUGCCAGCUUGGACCAGGUGAUGUCCAAAAUGCAGGCGGUCAAGCUCAGCUGGGAGAAGGAGGCCACUGGCAUCCACAUGGAGUACAAGGAGCGGCUCAAGGAGUUUGGACUCAGACCUUUGGAGAUGUGACGGAUUGUUCUGACAUGCUUUUAACUCUUAGUGUUGCACCUGAAGCCAAGACUAGAUUUCAAAUGUCUUGAGGAGUUAAGAGUAACUAUUGUGUCUCUGAGGGUGUGCAGAGUGCAUUUCAGUUCUUGUCCUGACCAUUGCUAUCCUGACUAUCACUCAUCAAUGUAGUAUAGGAACUAUUGGUUGGGGACUUGCGAGAUGUGUGUUCUACUGAACCAUGAAAUUCACUCAACAUCCAUACAGCUGCUAUUCUCUCUAGCCUGACCUACCUCACAAGGCUAUUGUGGGGGUAAAGGAAAGACUUAAGCCUAUUGGAGGAAAGGCAUCAUAUAAAUAUAACUAUUUGAGGAUGCUUGCCUCAAAGUGACUGCUCCCGUGCAAAUUUGCCACUCUCCAUACGUACGCUAUCUCUCUCCUUCCCAUGGAGCAGAGCAUAGUGGGUGAACCAGACUCCUCAGGUCUGUCACAAUAUUGAGUCUUUUAUAGGAAUAUUCUGCUGAUGUAGUCCCAAAGUUGUAAAUUAAUGAUAGAUGUCUCCCAUCCUGGCUUCAUCUCAGUUUCCUAGUCAGAUGUUGACUCUUCUUGAUUGGUGUUGACAAACACAAGGCUUGUGUUGACUUCCUUCUUAACAUUGUAAACAUUGAUCUUAUCACUGUCCAGUUCUUAUCACAGUUUACUUUUCAGUUCUUAUUAGCAACUUUUAAUUAUAGUCCAGCAAGCAGAUAGUUAGUCAUUGCAGGCCUUAAUAACAACCCAAUAACUAUUUCUAUUUGUGCCAUUAUUCAGAAUCAAAGACUGCACUUUUGGCAUAUUGGACUGCACUGGAAGUAUCUCAGAUCCACACAGCCUUGCUAUUUGUCUCUUCUAAUGGUAAUAUUUCAAUUAACAGAGAUAAUUUUCUCUCUAACUGAUCCCCUUUACAUUGAUGGCAAAGCUGCCUGGGAGCAAGAAGAUCACACUUGCUUCCCUUUUGGGUUCUAGAACCAAUAGUUAUUAUACUUCAGCCUGCACCUGAUCUUUCUGGGGAUUCUGGGCCUGUUAGUCAUUCUGAUGACCCUGGGGAUUCUGGGUCUGCAAGUGAUCAGGAGAGUCAGCAAGAGAUUUUAAGUCCUGAAAAUGAGCGGUCUGUGUCUGAAGGCCAUAUUCCUGAAAGGCAGUUCACUAGGGAAGCAAUGUCAGGCACAGAUCAAAGUUCAGAGGAUGAAACUGAGAGACUAAUGAGCAGUUAGAUAGGAGAUUUACAUUCCGUCAACAUACAGCUUCUCAGGAGCGUGUAUGAAGGUCAAAACGCUUAUUACCCAAGAAGUCCUUAUUAGUUUCCCAGGGGAGAAGGCAUGAUUUUCUCUCUUUAUUAGCUAGCUCAACAGAUGGGUCCGUCAGUCCAGACAAUGUUGGUGUUUGAGAAUAGAACUAUUGUCAAGUCAAGGGAUUUCUAGUUUCAUGUUCCAUGUUUCCUUUUGUUUGUGUCUCAUGAGUCCAAGUUUUGAGGACUGUUCCUGAACCUCAUGUUUUGGGUUUAUUUUGCUUUUGUAUUCCUGGUUUUUGAUGCUAUUGCUGUACUAUGAAUUCUGUGGAUUAUUCUUGAUACUUUGAGUUUUUUAAACUUUUUGCUGAAUUGCUUUUCAUAUAUAUAUUCUUCAAUAAACUGCUUUGCUAUUUUAA